AUUAAAUUAACGUCCAUCUCAAGCCAGCCUCGGGGUGUCUCCGAGUCAGACAUCUUUGCCAUCAUGGAUUCCAAAGGCACAUCUCACGAUACAAACCCUCGAUUGACGGCCACUGAGGUCGAUCAGUCGGGCAAGGACGAUAGUGGUGGCCAGAAACAACUCGAGGGCCUCUCCGGUGGUCUUGAGCUUACAACGCUGGAGCCACAAGCUGUGUGUGAUAGCUGCAACAAGGGGAUCUCUGGAACUCGACACAAGUGCCAGGAUUGUCCGGACUUUGACUACUGUUCGGCGUGUUUUCCCGAAGCUUCCUUAAUACAUCCUGGGCACACCUUCGCCCCCAUCAUCAAGGGGGCAGGACCAGACGAGGCCUCCGAAACCGAAACCGAAAGCAAGGAGGAAGAUGGCAAAGAUGACAGCUCUAUUUCAAACUUCGCACCAGCCCAGGAUUCUGCAUCAAUUGCCAUGUCAAAGCUCGAAGCAUGCUCAUUUUGCGCUCCUAUCACGAAGCUAUUGGGAGCUAUACACCUUGUCUUCCGAGAUCCUCAAUUUCCGCGAGACAAGAAGAUAUCCCUGCGGUGGCCUGUCCGCAUCUCCAGGUUCAUUGAAGCGACGCAGAAGGGCUGCACCUUCUGCUGCUAUUGCUUGAAUAAAUUCUUCGGGCCGAGCAAUCUUCAGGUCUUUGCAUAUCAGCCUGACAAACCCUGGUACGCCGAACCGAGCAAACAUGGUGAGAAACGAGCAGAACUCAUCAAGCACUGCAUGAAGACGCUUACUCGGCUGAAGAACGACAAUUUCGAGUUCCACGUCAAUCCAAUCAGGUCCAUGAAUGGGGCGAUGCCCGACUUUGACCGACUCGACAUUGGUCUGGAUAAGGCAACGUCUGAAAUCCAAGACAUGGAAAAUCUGAAGGGUGUGUUCAACUCGGCAGGAACUAUUCACGCUAUGGUGGAUGUAUUUGCUGCCAAAGGUGACCCGGCCGCUACACUUAUAAGCAGUCGACCGCCCAAUGCUUCCCCUGGAUCACCCGAAGCAAUGUUGCAGAUCAAAGACUGGGUGAAAGAAUGCGAUGAGAAACAUGGAGACGUGUGCAAGCCCCCAGGACCGUCUAGCUUGCCGUCGCGCCUGAUCGAUGUCUCAGGGGGCGACCAUCUUCGUCUUCACAGGACUUCGGAUGGCGAGACGGGACCGUAUAUCUCGCUGAGUUACUGCUGGGGCGGCCCGCAGGAGUUCAGCACGGUCUCGUCAACCUUGUCGGAUAGGCUUUCCGGCUUCUCCAUCGAAGAUCUCCCCCAGACACUGCAAGAUGCCGUCCGAGUUACGCAGAACCUCGGUGUCCAGUAUCUUUGGAUUGACUCGAUGUGUAUUAUCCAGGACGACGAGGAGGACAAGGCCCACCAGGUGUCCCACAUGGCCGAUAUCUACAGGAACUCGUACCUGACAAUCGGUGCCACUAGUGCCUCCAAGGCAGCCGAUGGGUUUUUGACAAGCCAUGCUGACCCGGAGACGGGCCUGUGGAAGGGUCUCGUCCCGAUUGAUUUGCCAUUGCCGAAUAAGAAAGCCCAAACAGUCGAUGAUGCCUUGAGUAUGCCCAUACCGGCGAUAGGGACAAUCUGGCUCAUGGAUGAGGAUAGGGCAUUUGUCGACAGAUUCCCGGAUCCCACAUCUCGGCGGGGAUGGUGCCUUCAGGAGAAGAUUCUGUCCCCCAGGAUGAUCUCGUAUGGGCGAUGGCCAACAUGGAGAUGUAACAAGGGAACCUGGAGUGACGGCGGAUUCUAUCCUCACGACGGCAAAGCGACUUCGGACGAGCGACAGCUUAUUAGAAAUAUUCACAAUAUGCUCAGUAAUGGAGCAGACUUCUUCACGACAAGCCAACUGCAGAAGUCCUGGUAUAACCUCCUCAACGACUACACGAAGCGGGAGCUGGGCCUAGACAACGACCGACUGCCUGCUAUUGGCGGUAUUGCCGCCGAGAUAAGCAGGCUUCUCGGCGUGAGAUACGCGGCGGGCUUAUGGGAGAACAACCUGCUUCACGACAUGAUGUGGUACGCAGACACUCGCGAGUGGCUGACCCGGCCAGAGACAUGGCGAGCUCCGUCCUGGUCGUGGGCAUCUGUCAACUGCCCUAUUUCAUACGGUAACAUCACCGACGAUGCGUGUCCACUAGCUAGGGUGCUUGGCUGCAACGUUGUUCCGGCACCGGAGAAUUCAGCGUUUGGGAUGGUGACAGGUGGAACCCUCGAGAUAGAGGGUCCUUUCGCUGAACUGGACCGGAAUGACGUCCUCAGCAUCUUCAGCUUCCAGGACCUGGCCCCGCCUCCACCGAAGAGCAAUGACGUCUCGGAGUGGUACAGCCAGAUGCUCGACCAUAUCUUAAACCAGCCGAAAGACAAGAUAUCGAAGGAGGAGGUCGAGGCCGCGCGUCCAGACAGGGUAUAUGGGCUCAUCACGUUUAGUCGGGAUUGGAUGCAAUGACACGAGUCAAGGACAGAGAACCGCUGCUACUUCGGUGUUUUAUUGCGCGAGGUUGAAGGUCACCAGUAUGAAAGAAUUGGGGCAUUUUUCAAUGAAAGCAGCGGCUGGUUGGAUCAGGAAGCUAGACGAUGGCCCAGGAAAAGAAUCAUCAUGGUCUGAUCCUGCGGCACUAAUUAAUUAAUAAGAUGCUACCUACACGGUUGGCUCGACGAAGAGUAAAUUCACGGCAAUCAUAUUAUACUAA